UCUUGGACGCCAUCGGGAUCGAUCCCAUCGCGAGCCGGCACAACUGCCUGUGUUGGUCUGUUACGCAAAGGGCGAUUAUGGACGGCAAACUGCGGCGAUUCAACUUGCGUUUUAGGAGUUCGCGUCGGAGAGGGUUCGUCGUGGUAUCCCGCUGGUAUCCGGGCAACUUCGCCUCAUUCCUUGAAUGCACAAGAAUGCGCGAGGAUUGCCAGAGAUGGUGGCCAGGUGGCAAUAGAUAGUCGAGGAGAUGCCCGAGUGGUGUUUAGUUGGUGCAAUCGCCACUGCUGGGCCAGGCAAUCUCGAUGUUCCCAUCGCAAGUUGCACCAACCGUGUCUCAAUAUCACACGAUCUCUUGGAGACUUUUGGUCAUUCUCAAGUGACACUGGACGUUUCGCGAUCUCUUGCGAUCCAGAUAUUCGCUCGUUUUCCAUCGCCGACGACAACAUUUUCGGUUUCUGCCUUCACUCCGAUGGAAUUGCUCUCUCACCGGGUCACAUCGUGAAAACGAUGAAUACAACGUCCUCUGAGGACAAGGAAAAUGCGUCAAACGCAACAGCCGAAGAAUCUCGCAUCAGAGCUGAUUGUACAGAAUCGGCAGUACCUCAAAUCGAGAAGCUUCCGCGAUAA